AGUGCCAAUUGCCACCAAUUUGCCAGCCCAAAGCAGUACUCUCUCUCAACCACUUUCUCUGAAAAAAUAAAAAGAAAAAGAAAAAUAAAUUCUCUCGUCUCUCCCUUUCUCUCUCAGAGAUUAUUUUUUUAACUGAAAGAGAGUGAGAGAGGAAUGCAAAUGAUCUCUAAAUCUUGUUCUAUGGCUUCCAUUCCUUGCUCAAGGGUGAGGAAUGGGCUUUGUGUAUGGCCAGGUGCGAGACAGCUUUGCCUUAGAAAAGGCCUCUUGUAUGGACUCAUGCACUUACUGUCUUUGCCAUUUAAGACCUUGCGUGGAGCUAGUAAAACACUUAGAGUUGCUGAAUUUUGCAGUGUUUCCAAUAUGUCUUCCUCGUUACAAAUUGAAUUGGUGCCAUGUCUCAGGGACAAUUAUGCAUAUCUUUUACAUGAUGUGGAUACUGGCACAGUUGGAGUUGUUGAUCCCACCGAAGCUGUACCUAUUAUAGAUGCUCUAAGUAGAAAAAACCGAAAUUUGACCUAUAUACUGAAUACUCAUCAUCAUCACGAUCACACUGGUGGGAAUGAAGAGUUGAAAGCAAGGUACGGUGCAAAGGUAAUUGGUCCAGGAAUUGACAGAGAAAGAAUUCCUGGCAUUGAUAUAGUUCUGAAUGAUGGGGAUAAAUGGAUGUUUGCAGGACAUGAGGUGGUUGUAAUGGAAACUCCUGGUCAUACCCGAGGUCAUAUUAGUUUCUAUUUUCCUGGAUCAGGGGCAAUAUUUACAGGAGACACUUUGUUUAGCUUAUCAUGUGGCAAGCUUUUCGAAGGAACACCUGAGCAGAUGCAUUCUUCAUUGGGAAAAAUCACGUCUUUACCAGAUGAUACAAAUAUAUAUUGUGGCCAUGAAUAUACAUUGAGUAAUUCAAAGUUUGCAUUGUCUAUAGAACCCAACAAUGAGGCACUUCAGUCCUAUGCAGCACAUGUGGCCCAUCUUCGCAGCAAGAAUUUGCCAACGAUUCCAACCACGCUGAAGGUUGAGAAGGCUUGUAAUCCUUUCCUUCGAACCUCAAGUGCAGAAAUUCGGCAGUCAUUAAAUAUUCCAGUGACAGCAAAUGAUGCAGAAGUUUUGGGCGUCAUUCGUCAAGCAAAGGAUAAUUUUUAAGAUCAAUUACAGGGUGAGUAUGGCUAUAGUAUAAGUAACCCAAACUCACCUUCUGUCCAUAUAGUUUUGGAUACUUUAAUUUGUUUUUAGUUUUUUAUUGCAAUAUUUGGUUCUUCAAAUCCAUUCGAUGAUGAUGAAAGCUAAUAUCAUAUGUCAAAUGGUUUAAUGUUUAUGAUUGUAGUAAACUUUUGAAAUCAGAUUCAAUUUUACUUGCUAUCCAAAAAUAUAUGUUAAAUAA